AUGUCAUACCCACAGGCUACUACCGAUCCAAACGCCCACUAUGGAGCUCAACCACAACAGCCCAUCGCCAUGCAGUCACCAGGCAUAGAGACCGCACCCCCAAACUACGCAACCAAUGCCGCCACCCACGGCAACGAGAAGCACGAAUAUGGCACAGAACACUUCCAACCUCAACAACAGCAACAGCCUCAAUCAAACCCCCAACAGACUUUCCAGCAGGGCACUCCCCACCAGAGUUUCCAAGUCGGAGCUGCGCCCACGAGCACCGGGAAAUAUCAAAUGGCUACGCCUCUAGCUUCGUUGCAGCAAGGUCCUGCACCGGUAGAUUGUCCUGUCUGUGGCGUGAGGGAGAUGACUAGGACGGAGUUUGUGUCCGGGGGAACUACACAUCUCUCGGCUCUGCUGUGCUGCUGCUGUCUCUGCUUGGGAUGUAUCCCGUAUUUGGCAUCUUGGUUUAAGGACUGCGAGCAUAAGUGCGGAUCUUGUGGUGCGCUCUUGGCAGUCUGGCAUAGGAGCGGACGGACAGAAGUCAUGGCUCACAGAUGA